AUGAAGGAUCUUGUUGCAGCAGCGCUGUUAUUCAUCAGCCUUGCGUAUGUUGAUGGCUUUUCUCAGUACGCUACGCUCAUCCCGAAUGGAAACCAAGUGCCCAAUCCAUGCGCUGGUGGAGGAAUCUGGUCAGCGGUGGGACACAGUACUCUUGCAGGAGGCGGGCCUAGGAACGCAUUCGGCACGGCAUUUAGAGUGAACAAUUACAUCUGGAACACAGUUCUCUGCCGGGCGGACUCGGAUGGAGAUGGCAUUUCUAAUGGUGCCGAACUGGGCGACGCUCUCUGCCGCUGGACCCCCGGGUCAAACCGUCGCCUGGGCAGACCCACAGGUCAUCCAGGUAUUUGUGAACCUCUGAAUUCUCGCAGGUGCAGGAACCAAGUAGCCCCUUGUGUUCAGUGAUUGUAACUGAUUAUUUAGUUGCAGAAUCGAUUUUGUGAU